AUGAUUUUAGAUUUGUGUAAAGAAUUGAAUAUUAGAGUUCCUUUAAAAAAACAGAAACAAAGAAAUAUACCUUUAUUGGAAUUAGAAAAUAUAGACAUCAAUAACUUGACUAUUCAAAUACUACCUGAAUUUCCAUCUCCAAGUAUUGAUGAAAUUCCUCAAUUUUUAAGUAAAGAACUAUCGCAGAAACCAGUGACGAUUUCAACUGAUACAGAACGAAUAGCUCAAUAUUCUGUUGAAGAAAUGUCACAAGAAACAUUUCCAACUUUAUAUGAAGAACUGCCACAAAAUUUAGCUCCGCCUUUAGUGAAACAGUUGCCACAAAAAUCAACUCCACAUUUAAAAGUACAAGUGACCCAGAUCCACCUCCAUAUUUAA